CGGGUCGGGCACCAAAUUUCCUUUACCAAAGGAUAAGAGAAUUAAUUGGCAUCAUCCUUCAAUUCUAUCUCCUCCCUCUUAUCUUCUGCGAUGGCGCAAGCGCUAGCAACUCCAGUUCUGCCAUCACUCUCCAUUAUCACCAAUGCCCUCCCCUCCUCCAACCGAAAGACCUCUCUCUCCUUCCCCAUUUCAACUUCUCCAAAGAUUGGGGGUUUGAGCAUCAAGUGCGUGCGUGUGGGGGGAGUGGAGAUACCCAACAACAAGAGAGUGGAGUACUCGCUGCAGUACAUCCAUGGGGUUGGGCGCAGCAGAGCAAGACAGAUACUCUCCGACAUCGGCAUGGACAACAAGAUCACCAAGGAAUUGUCCCAGGAGGAGCUCAUUACUCUCCGUGACGAAGUCUCAAAGUACAUGAUUGAAGGCGACCUCAGGCGAUUCAACGCCCUUGCGAUUAGGAGGCUGAAGGAGAUUCAGUGCUACAGAGGCAUAAGACACAUUCAAGGAUUGCCAUGCAGAGGACAGCGGACGAAGAACAAUUGCCGUACUCUAAAGGGCAAGAAGGUGGCCAUUGCAGGGAAGAAGAAAGCACCUCGUUAAUCCGAACUAGAUUCUGUAACUGACUUGUAUCAAUGCCUGUUGCGAAAAUGUUCAUUGAUAAUGUAUGACCACCUUUAUUUCAUUGUAUCCAAAUUUCAAAUUUGGAUAUUUUCUUGGCCCUUUCUUUUUUGUUUGAAUGAUGUAAAAACUCAAUUUUAAACAUUUGGGUGCACCACUAUUGGCAAGAA